AUGGCCUCCGAGUACUACUGGUAUCGGAUCCCACUACAGAUAAAUCUGCCGCUGCAAUGGAUGUUAAUGUCGGAAGUCUCAUGGAUCCGUGGGAGUUGCAAGGGCUGGCGCACUUCUGCGAGCACAUGCUGUUUCUUGGUACUGAUAAAUAUCCGGAAGAGAACGAAUUCGACAGUUUUAUUUCCGAGAACGGUGGCUCCGAAGACGCUGGAACAAUCCUCCGAUCAUACGAAUUACCAUUUCGAGAUAAAGCCGGACGCAUUCAAGGUGGGCUAUUCGUUCGAUUUCUUGUAA